AUGAGCCGGAAGAGGCAUCGCCUGGUCUCGGAGACUUUUGGGCUGAAAAGACGCCGGGAGCGAGGGGAUGGAGAAGCGGGUCCUCUGAGGGGCGAAUCAGGGUCCGUACGCGCGGCCGUCGCGGAGCUGGUGCGGCUGUUCCCGCGAGGCUUGUUCGAAGAUGCACUCCCGCCCAUUGCGCUGAGGAGCCAGGUGUACAGCCUCGUGGCCGACCGCACGGUGGCCGACAGGCAGCUGAAGGAGCUUCAGGAGCAAGGGGAGAUCAGAGUCAUCCAGCUGGGCUUUGACUUGGAUGCCCAUGGGAUUAUCUUCACUGAGGACUACAGGACCAAAGUCCUCAAGGCCUGUGAUGGCCGACCAUAUGCUGGAGCCGUGCAGAAGUUUCUUGCUUCGGUGCUUCCAGCCUGUGGAGACCUUAGCUUCCAGCAGGACCAGAUGAUACAGACCUUUGGCUUUAGGGACCCAGAGAUCACGCAGCUGAUGAAUGCUGGAGUCCUCACUGUUCGUGAUGCUGGGAGCUGGUGGCUAGCAGUGCCUGGAGCUGGGAAGUUCAUCAAGUAUUUUGUUAAAGGACGCCAGGCUGUCCUUGGCAUGGUCCGGAAGGCCAAGUACCGGGAGCUACUUCUGUCAGAGCUCCUAGGCCGGCGGGCACCUGCUGCAGUGCGGCUCGGCCUCUCCUACCAUGUGCACGACCUCAUUGGGUCCCAGCUGGUGGACUGUAUCUCCACCACUUCUGGAACCCUCCUCCGCCUGCCAGAGACUUGAGGAUUCUGCUCAUCAUUCCACACCUCCUCAGAGUGCACAAGAGGGGCCCAGGAAUGCAGCCCGUGGUGGCUAAGACAGGGUCACCUUGGGAAGGCUCGGGAGCUGGAUUGAGUGUUAGGCCCAUGUUUGUGCAAAGGGUCAGAUGUGACUGCUGUUGUUUACUUGGGCUCUGACCCAGUGGGUGGGGUUUAGAUAACACUUCUCUGCCCUUCCAUGGAAGAAGAGCCAGAAACUGUGCCAAGGCUGUGGCUGCUGUCUUUCAUAUAAGAAAGUGCUGAUGUUAACUUUUUCUUGAGAAAGGAAGGUGGGAUUUCUGGGGAGGCUGGUGAAGGACGGCAGGAUUCUCUCCCUCACACUGGUGCUGAAACUGCCAAAUAAAGUAUUCUGCCUGUGA